AUGUUUCCUUUGGAUAUGGAACAAUACCUUUUCAAUGUCUUCGAAGUAAUAGUGUCAACGCUAGAAACGAAACUGCAACGGAUAGAAAACUUGGACCGUGCCGUGGAACACCUGAUGAGGAGGGUCGAACAGUUGGAUUCGAGGAUGAACGACAACAUCGACAAGACCGAAUCCAUCAUAACCAACUUGAGGGCCUUGGACUCCAAGCUUCCCAAGUCGGCGAGCAGUAACCUGGACAUGCGAUUGGUAGCGCUGGAUCAGAAAGUCAGCGACAUCGACACCAAGCUCAUCGUCCUCAAGAACCAACUGGACAAUAACUUCUUGCCUUCGGACGACAUCAACGCUGAAGCCAGCGAGAAGAAGCCGGUAACCACUCUGGAUGUAUCCAAGGUCAUCACCAGCGAACUAGAAGCUCUGCGAGGAAGUACGACCAACCUGGACAGGAAGCUCCAGUUCCACAUCAACGUCGUGUCCGAGAGUCUAGGUAAAGUCCUCAACAUGAUGACAGAUAUUCACGAAGCAGUUGUCGAGCCAGUGGUAGUGCAGAACAUGCAGCCUCAGCCGUUCAGGAACAGGACGACGACACCCCCGACCACCAUCAUCAAGAACUCCAAGCUGGACAAGUUGGUGAGGCAGAUGCACCCCAUGCUCAGCGUGUCUAACAAGAUGGACGAAGUCUGGAACGUAGUUGUCGGGACGAAAGUUUCUGUGGACGAUUUAGUACCAAAAUCCGACGAAUUGUUGACGCAGACUCAGCGGCAAGAAAGGGCUAUCAGUGACAUCCACGCCGACCUCAGAGCAAACACUAACAAGAUCAUAGCCAACUUGGGAAUGGUGGAAAAGAGGUUGAAGAAGCAGGAAGAAGAAGUGGUGACCCUGCGGCAGCCGGAACCUCUGCUGGACCCGACGAUCGAGCGGCUGGUGGAGUACGAGCAGAACAGGUACACCGAACAGAACAGGUUCACCGAGGACAGUACCGAACCCGUGACGUUCACGACUCCUCCGGGAAGCACCCAGCCACCCUCCAGCGCUCAACCCCCGGCCAACGGCAGAGUCGGCAACCGGGAUCGCAGCAGAGGUCUCAUCUUCCCCAGCGUCAAGAACAAGCCCGCCCCCGCCAACACCAGCAGCACCUUCGUCACCGAUCAGCAGAUCGUCCCCAUCAAGGAUGUCAAGGGCUAUUCUUGCACGGACCUGAUGAGCGCUGGUAUGAGGCAGUCUGGAGUCUAUUAUCUGCAGAUCAGAGGUACAACCUAUUGGUUCCUCAAGGUCUUCUGCGAACAAGAAAUUUCUGAUGGAGGAUGGACGGUGAUCCAGAGACGUGACGAUGUAGGUGAACCAAGAGAGAACUUCAAUAGGGACUGGAGCGACUACAAGAAUGGUUUCGGAGAUCCAGCAAAGGAGUUCUGGCUUGGAAAUGAAAACAUCUAUAUGUUGACCAACAAUGAAGAGCAUAUGUUGAGGGUGGAGCUGGAAGAUUUCGAGGGCAACAAGAGAUAUGCCCAGUACUCCCACUUCAAGAUUUACUCUGAAGGAGAAUAUUACAAAUUGGAGAUUGACGGAUAUGAAGGAAAUGCAGGAGACUCUCUGAACGAUCCAUGGUAUGGAUCAAACAACUCACCCUUUUCAACAUACAACAGGGAUAAUGACAGGUCGAGCCUGAACUGUGCCUCGAUGCUGAAGGGUGGCUGGUGGUGGAAGUCCUGCGGCCGUGGUCUGAAUGGGCUGUACCUCACUGACCCUCAAGAUAUCACAGCUAGGCAAGGUAUCGUGUGGUUCAGGUGGAGAGGGUGGGACUACACCCUGAAGAAGGCGAUGAUGAUGAUCAGGCCGAAAUCCAGCAUCAGCCAGUCGUGAUCUGUCACCGAAGAGAAAAGGAGAGAUCAGAUCACUCCAAUUUGUUUAUCAUUCCAGUGUUAUGUUCUCGCGUACACAUCCGCUAAGUGUAUAACAACUAAGAACAUAUUACAGAACGGAACUAAGCAAAUUUAUAUUUCGAAUAUUAAGCCAUAAAUAUAGAAUAAUUUACUUCGGUUGUUUAUUUUAUUUGUUUUUUAUUUAUACUGAAAACAUUACCGUCUAUCUUGUGUAUAUAUAUGUUAUAUUUUCUUUAAUAUCUUUAUUUUAAAACAGAAUAAAAUAUAUUUUAAGGACUUGUGUCAAAAAUGUACGGCAAAAGUGUUUAAAUUAAUCUAAGUUAUUGAAGAGGCUAUGAUCAUGUAAAUUUUAUAUAUAUUUAAGAAUUGUUGUUUCAUCUUAUCCUAAAACAGUAUUUGUAUCAAAAUUCGAAUAACUCUUUUUUAGAGGAACGAAAUUCCCUUCUCCCCAUCUUUUUUUAAAUUAACACCAUAUUUUUUGGUUUUCAGUAUUAACUAUCACCUGUCUGGGUUUUUUUUUAACUUUAGUGUUAUCAAAAAAACAUUUUGUUAGUAUUAUUAGUUUCUAAGUUAUUUUGUAAGCCGUAACUGUAAUGUUAAAUGACUGGUUUUAUUUCCAUUAUGUAAACACUUUGUAGCAAUGUUUUUCCAGAGAAAAAAAAUUAUUGAAAAUUCUGUGCAAUAAUAAUAAUUUUAAAAAAAUAAGUUAAGAAAUGGAUUGUCUCGCAUACAGAAUCAUCUUAACAAGAUUUUGAGACCAUGUACCUAACUAGAUUAUUAUCUUUGUAUAUUUUAAUGAUUGCUAAUUUGUACAUAGUGUUCCUCAUUGUAUAAAGAAAUAUAUUUCAUUUUUUAAAUCUGUG